UCCUAUAAUAUGAAUAAAUAAAAAAUGGCCGAUUUCCAGAUUCAUCUUUAUUUUGCUAUUGCAUAUGUCGAAUUCUUUCUCGGUCGCAGAAUAUAAAGAGGUUAUAAGAAGACUAUCAUUAUUACUCGUUGAUCUCUGAUUUACAGAGCUUAACCGGCCACUGUCAUACCUUUUGUCAUUUGAACAGUAAAAAUGGCGAAUAUCGAACUUCCACGACCCGUUAAUGUUUCUCCUUUAAUUAAGUUCAGUAGAUGGAGUUUCUUGACAAUCGGCAUUUUAUAUGGUAUUAUCAAUCAGAAAAGAUUUGUAAGAAAGGAAAAUGCCCUCAGAGAAAUUGAAAAGGCUGAAAAACCUAUUCGUGACGCUAAGCUUGCAGAAGAAAAAUUAAUUAGUACACAAGCUGACAAUAAGAUUUUAGAUGAGUUUUUCCAAAAGAAGGAAUAAGCCAAAGGAGAUUAAGUCAUUGAAUGUACAUAGUCUGGAUAAAAAAUAAAAUAAUACAUAUGUAUGAAUAAA